UUUUUUGUUAGAAAGCCAGAAAAGUAUGACUAAACAUACUCUCAUGUAAUUAUAUACAUCAUUAGUUCAUUGUUAAUUAAGCGUCAACAGAAAAUCUGGUAAAUAUAUCAAUGAAAUGGAGGACAGAGAUUUUGGAGAAACUUUGUCUACCGCUGCUUUAGUCAAAAGCUCUUCAUUUCACGCAUAUAACGCCCAGACAUAUGCAAAACAUACAACAUUUUUUUUUUCCCCUUUCUUUUCAUUAAGCCCUCAUGGCUAGUCGUAUAUGUAUUUGCCCAUCUUCAUAUCAAUUUAUUAUUAUAAUUAUGACUUUUCUUUGGCUGCAUUACAGCAGCAUUCUUACACUUUCAUCACAGGAGUUGGGAAAUGAAACGAAGCAGGUGAAUGAGGUUAAUAGGCGACAAGGUGUUGAGGGCAAAGCGGGUAAGUGCCAUUUGUUUGUCGGCACAUGGGUUCAAGACAACACCUAUCCUCUCUACAAAUAUUCUGAUUGUCCCAUAAUUGACCCUCAAUUCAACUGCCUAAUGCAUAAGAGACCGGACACCGAGUACCUCAAAUGUCGUUGGCAGCCUGCCAAAUGCCAAAUUCCACGAUUUAGUGCGCUGAAAUUCUUGAAAAGAAUGCGAAGAAAGCGCGUGAUGUUUGUGGGUGAUUCGUUAGGGAGGAACCAAUGGGAGUCUUUGGUUUGUAUGAUACACGCUGGUCUACCCAAACCAAAGCGCAUGCGGAUAGUCACAGAUGAUCCUCUUUACACCGUCGAAUUCAUGGAUUAUGGUGUAACGGUGUCGUUUUACCGGGCCCCUUACCUAGUGGAUGUUGUGUCGGUAAAGGGAAAAAGGGUACUGAGACUGGGAAACAUAUGGCGGAAUGCGAAAGCAUGGAAAAAAGCAGACGUCCUUUCUUUCAACACAGGCCAUUGGUGGACACACCAAAAAUCACUCCAAGGGUGGGAUUACGUUGAGACUCAUGAGGGUAAAUACGUAAAUAUGGAUCCAUCGGUGGCUCUGAUGCAAGGAUUGAAAACCUGGGCUCGUUGGGUUGACAAACACAUCGACACCACCAAACGCAAAGUGUUUUUUCUGGGCAUCUCCCCUACGCAUAGCAGAUGUAAUGGGGUGGCUAAGUUUUUGGGCAAAAAGUCAAGCGACACAGUGACAUAUUCGGAUCAAAUGAAGGUGCUGCAUGAGGUGUUGAUUUCCAUGAAGAAGCGUCCGUUUUUGCUCAACAUUACAAUGUUAUCGGCCAUAAGGAGGGAUGCCCACCCCUCAUUCUACGGUGGGACAUCAAACAAUCUCGACUGCAGCCAUUGGUGUCUUCCGGGAUUGCCUGAUACUUGGAACCAACUUUUCUACACUGCUUUACUUUCCUCACACUAGCUACUAUAUUAAUCUUUGCUUACUUUUCAUGUUAUUUCAUAUUCUUUAUAAUUAAUUAUAUUACUCUCCAUUACUCUAUAUAUCAGCUUAAAUUGAAUUCCAACAUAUACUACUUGUUAGCUUCAAACAUGUAUAUGAUGAGAGAAAACCGACUCUUGGAUCAAAUCCUCAAGAGCCUAGAAGCGCGACAAAAAUUAGUGCACUGCACCGGAAUACAUGUUUCAUAUUUAUUUGUGAUUUUAAUCUAUUUUUUUUUUUUU